AGCUGAGACGGCGACGACGGCCGUGCCUCCGCGCGAGCGCGCGGGCAUGCCGACACCCACUCGGCCGGUCCCGGCGCCGCGGCUCCCGGAAGCGGAAGGGGAGCGCGGCCCGGCCUGGGCGGCGGAGGCGCGGGGAGCCCAGUGGAGAGCUGCGGAGCGGGCGGCGGUACUCACGGGAAACUGUUAUUGAAGGGAGGCCCAUAUGAUGGAAUAAGUGAUAUAAAGAAAUAAUUAAAAGAAUGACCCAGGAAGAUACCACUUCUAAAUGCAAGUGCCAGAAAACUUACAGCUCAUCUCAGUGAAUUUGCAAGUGGGUUGUCUUCCUGUGGGUUGGCAGGCAGUUCUAGGACUGCAGAAUGGGGCUUCGGAUUCACUUUGUUGUUGACCCACAUGGUUGGUGCUGCAUGGGUUUGAUUGUCUUUGUCUGGUUAUACAAUAUUGUUUUAAUUCCCAAAAUUGUCCUCUUUCCUCACUAUGAAGAAGGACAUAUUCCAGGCAUUUUAAUAAUAAUAUUCUAUGGCAUUUCCAUAUUUUGUCUGGUUGCCUUAGUGAGGGCCUCCUUAACUGACCCUGGAAGACUGCCGGAAAACCCCAAGAUCCCACAUGCAGAACGGGAGCUGUGGGAGCUAUGCAACAAGUGUAAUUUGAUGAGGCCAAAGCGCUCUCAUCACUGCAGCCGGUGUGGCCACUGUGUAAGGAGGAUGGACCACCAUUGUCCUUGGAUAAACAACUGUGUGGGUGAAGACAACCACUGGCUCUUUUUGCAGUUGUGUUUCUACACUGAGCUUCUCACUUGCUACGCACUGAUGUUUUCUUUCUGCCACUAUUAUUAUUUUCUUCCACUAAAAAAGCGCAAUUUGGACCUCUUUGUUGUUCGGCACGAGCUGGCUAUCAUGAGACUAGCUGCCUUUAUGGGCAUUACUAUGUUAGUUGGAAUAACUGGACUCUUUUACACACAACUCAUUGGCAUCAUCACAGAUACAACAUCUAUUGAAAAGAUGUCAAACUAUUGCGAAGAAAUAUCGCGGCCCCGAAAACCAUGGCAGCAGACCUUCUCAGAAGUUUUUGGCACUCGUUGGAAGAUCCUGUGGUUCAUUCCUUUCAGGCAGAGGCAACCACUGCGAGUUCCCUACCACUUUGCCAAUCACGUCUAAACAGAUGGAUGGUGGGCACAGAUGGGUCCUCCAUGCUGGAAAUGCGUUACAGGUUUUAUGAGAAUAGAACUAUGACAGUCUUCAAGUCAAUUAAAAUCCACCCACCAAUCUUAGGCAUCAUAAUGUGCCCCAGGCUUUAUUUUAAUAGUGAUCUUGAUCCUGUUGUGGGACUAAUACAAGAUCUAUAUUUAAGUUUUAAAAGCAUGUUUACUUUCAAAUUAGCCCUCCACCAGGACUUCUUAAAAUGCUUUUGUUACUAAACUCAAAAGGCAGUGAUUGGGAUAAAAUAAUUGUACAUAAAUUUCCUUCAGUGCUCAUAGUGUUUUAAAUUUUAAUUUAUAGGAAAUUUGAGAUGUUUAAUGUUUACCUUUAAGCAGUACUAACCAAAUUUGAAUUUAAUUCUUCAGGUUUACAAAACUUGAUAUACUUUGUUAUGUGUAAAUUUUCUUUUUUGAAUAUAAGUUACAAUGCUUUUCAUUACUUCCUUUUCUAUGUGCUGCAGGGUUUUUAAUAUGCAGUGUAGGGUGAACAACAAAGAGCAGUGCUUGCCUAGGAGCAGCUCUCUGAUGCUUCCUUCUUCCCUGCUCAUCAAAAGUGAAAUAAGACACAUGAGUGUGAUGCACCAAACACUAUCUUAGUAUAAUGGAGAAAUUAAUUUUCCCUUCUGCUGCAGUUAUUGAUUGCUAUUAGAAUGUUUGCUCCCAGAAGAAAUUUGUGACCAGUCAGGCAUAUAUUUCUAUUUUACCCUAAGAUUCUAAUGACUGAGAAGGGUAGGAAGUUGGCAAUAAUUCCAGUUACUUCUUCAAGUGCAGUUAUAUCAGAAUGCAGAUGUUUUAAAAAAUGCUAGUAAACUGGAUGGUGUGUAAUACACAGUAUACAAAGGAAUACUGUAUUUUAAAGUAUGUAUAUUUUUACUGAUCUGCCAGUAGAUCUCACUGUACACAUUGAUGGUUUAUAUAUUAUAUAAUAGAUACUGGUCAGCUCAUAUCAAAGCUUAAAAGUAGGUCAUUACUUUAGUCACCCAAGUUGAAAUUGAAUUUCCAUUGCCGAGUUAUAAUUUGCGUCACUCUAGAGACCUUUUCUUAGUAGCUGAUGUCAAAAAAUUAUCUUGAAAUAGAAUGAUCUAUGGUAGUAUGGUCCUUGACAAACAUGGAGCCUUUUUGUAUGUGGAGACAUUUUGUAUUAUUUAAGUUUUUCAUUUGGAAUAUUGCAAAACUAUAUGUGUAAAAAGUGUGUGUGCUAGUGAUCUUUCCCCUGAAAAUGAUAUAGAACAAAUCGACUGUUCUGUAACCACAUACAUAUUUUCUAACAGGUAGUUGUAAAAUAAGGAAUCAUAGCUGGGAAUUACUGAAACAGAGAUUAUUAUUGUUAGCCAGUCAGCUGUACUGUGGCUAUUUCUUUCAGAUACUGUAAAUGUCUUAUAAAAAUUUUGAAGUAAUAGAAUAAGCUCUUUUCAAAAAUAUUAAUACCAUAAUUUCAUGUUCUAAUUAUGUUUAUUUAAAAACUUAGAAGUGGCAGAUAAAAAUAUUUAUUGGUGCUAAGACAUAUAGUGAGUUUAAUAUAAGACACAUUUAUAAAGGUUAGGAAACAAAAUUAGUAUGUUUAUUUUAGGCAAAGGGGUUGGAUUUUGUGCAAGGUGAUUGGCUAAAUUGGCUGAUGACAGACUCUAAAAGGAAGUGGUAUAUAUGUGAUGUAGGGAGAUAGAAGUUGAUGCCUUCAGCUGUAUAUAUUCUGUUCACAGAAGACCUGGAGCCAAAUGAAGGCCCAGUUUGGAGCUUUGUAGACUUGCUUAUACUCCAGUAGUAGCAGUAGCUAUGACACAAGAUACUCCCCUUGCUGGGGAUUUGCGGGUCUGGUUUUCCUAGGUUUACCACUUCUAGGGCACAUUCCCUUCCUUUUGUCUUACUCUCCCAGGUCCUGAUCCCUCUCCGCAGUUUCAUUGAAUUAUUGAACUACAAAUGAAUGCACUAGUUUGAGCUACAGAAUGCUAUUAUCGAUGUAUUUACACAGUCUAUAUUGCAGUAUAUCUAUAUAUACUUAUGCAGUAUUGUCAAAUGUAUAUGUCUAACCCCACUUAGGGGUUUGUAAUCACAGAUUCCUAGAGAAAAGCCUGUUGGCCAUUUCCUAGGGAUUAAGCUCCUACGUUCUUUCUGCGCCCUCUUUUGGCUAAUUGAUGUAAUUAUACUGGCUGUAGAGGCUUUUACUAUCCCAUUAGUGGGUUGUAUCUCCAAACUGUGAACAUGCCAGAGGUACACACUCAUGGGAAUAUAUGUAUAAAAGUGUAAAGUUUUAUGAAAAUUGAAAAUGAAUGUGUUACUGUUGGUGAUGUUCUGUCUAGAUAAAUUACUUGGCUUCAUGUAUGUAUAUUCUUAUACACUUUACUGUCAAUCACAAAUUUAGAUUAGGAUAAGCUAUUCCAUAUCUUACUUUAAACCUUAUUUUGGUAACUUAAUUUGUUAUCAUUAUAAAAAUUUACUUUAAAAUUACUAUAUGAUUACAGAACAAAACAUUUAUUACAAUUUCCAUGGCAACCAUGUUAUCCAGUGUGUUUUACUGAAUAUCUUAAAAAAAUAAUACAUCUAAUUUUUUCAAUUCAAUUUUGGAAUGGUAUCACACAUACACAGACUCAAUUGCCUUAAAAUGAUUAAUAAUUGAUUAAUGAUACUAUUUUUUUCUUUGCUUAAAAAAAAACUUCUCAGAGUUAAACCUAUAGUUUGAAUAGCUACUUCAUUUGCCACUCUGAGUAACCAUGGGAAUAAUUACAUGUGUGGAGUAUGAGAAAGCAACUGAGAAAUGAGAUUUCCUAUUAGUCUAUAUAUUGCAUUGAAAUAUUUAUUCAUUUAAUUUUAGCAAAAUGUGUGUUAAAUGAUAUUUUUUGCAUUGGCAGAAUCAUUGCUUGGUCUUCUGGAGUUAAAAUAUCAGGCUGCAUUUACACUUGGUAAACAAUUAGGGUUGGGCUUGCAAGGUGGCUCAGCACAUAAAGGUAUUUGUUGCGCAAGACUGGUGAGCAGAUUGUGGUUUUCAGAACCCAUUUAAAGGUAAAGUUGAAGAAAAACAAAACCCCCCAAAACAAACCUGAUUCACAGAGUUGUCCUGUGACCUCCACACACAUGCCUUGGCACUCAUAGCCCUCCCCAUCAUCAUACUUAUUCUCCCUCCCUCCCUCCCUCCCUCCCUCCCUCCCUCUCUCUCUCUCUCUCUCUCUCUCUCUCUCUCACACACACACACACACACACACAAUUUUUAAAAAUCUAAUUGAAUAAGCUUAAUGUAGGCAACAAUGGACUGAAUUCAGAAUCUUCUAAGCAUUGAGUGAUCUAUUAAAGAGUUUUGGUACUUUGUAAUCAGACUUAUGUUUCAGUUUACUAAGCUAGCUAAUGUUACAUGAAAAUAAAAACACUAUUUUGUUUAGAAAUUAUAUUGGGAUAUUUUGGUAAACACAAAAGAGCCAAUUACAUUGUAGCUAGCACAGGAACCUUUCUUUUCAGAAGUCAGUUUAAUAGUAAUAAAGUAGGGGCUGGGGUACCUCAAUGAUGGAGUGCACAGAGGUCCUGGAUUCAAGAACCAGGAAAAGAAAAAGAGCAUCCAGACCAUAAGUGCAGGAGAUGCAGAGGAAGUGAGGCGAAUGUCUCAGAACCAACACCAGAACACGACACUAAAGUGUAGAAGGGGCUCCAUUCAGGAUGCAGCUCACUCUAACCUUUCUUAAUCAGACUCCAGGUUACUUCCAUACAGAUAAUUAACUGUCUUGCUCGAUAGAUGUGUUAAUUCUAAACACUAGUUUCAUAGACUCAAAUUAAGAACUCACUUCCAAACAGGAGGUACAAAUGAAUUUAGAUGAAAGCCACAUAGUUUUCUGUGUUAGUUCAUGGGUAGUUUGAAUGCUCUUACCUAUAUUGCUAAAAAUCACAACUUGUCUUGCAGAGACUUAAUAUGACACUAAUAUUCGUUAGCAUAUGCUAUUUUUUUUCUAAACUGUCUAUUCUCUGGCUAGUUCUGUUGUUGUAAACCUAGCCUUUAACGGCUGAGCCAUCUCUCCAGCCCUGGCUAGUUCUCUUGUAUGUCACGUAUCAGUAGAUAACCUAGCUACAGUUAAUUAAACUAUAGUACUUCAUUGUGUAAAUUUUGACAUGACCUCUACUAUACAUAGACUAUAUUGGGAAUUUAUUACAAACAUCAUGUAAUUUACUAAUAUUAAAACAUUAGACUUUCAUCUGCCUCUACUAAUGCUUUGAAAAUUACUAUUGGCAAAUGUAGUUAGUAAGUCCUAUAAAGUUAGUGUGUUCUACUUGCUAGUAUUAUUGACCAUGUAAUUAGCUAAUAAGUGAGUAUAUGAUUCAGUAUCCACGUAUAUUACCUUCUGUUUAGGUACCAUGCUCGGAAUUCAUCUAUAAAUAAAAAUCUUAGUGUAAUUUAUGUUUAGCUGUUCUAAGAUUCUAGAGUAUUCUGUAGUAGAACAUGGGGAAAGCUUGGAAGCUGUUUACUUGAAAUAUUUUAUACCAGUAUUGUCACUGACUAUAUGUACCAAUAUUUAGUAUUUAUGCUGCCUUUGUGAUGGUUUAAAUUCAAGAAGUGACUUUCUCACUUCUUCCAUUGUCUUUGUGCAUUUUUUUAAACAAAAUUUAUUUUUAAAAGCCAUUUUGUUAAAACCAGUAACAUUUUUAUUGGUUCUUUAGAUGUGGCAAUAUUACCUGCUAGUGAUAACUUGGAUAAAAUUGUUAUUUUAUUAUUAUUUGGAGACAGGGUUUUACUGGUUUUGAACUCAGAUUCCUUUUGCCUUCGCCUCCCAAGUUCUGGGAUUACAGGCAUAUGCUGCUGUUCUUGGCUCAGUGCUUAAAAUCUUAAGUCAUUGGUAUUACAGAUUUGACUAUUAUACCUUUUAUGAUAUUAUUUUCUCCCCCUUUCUACCCUAUAGUUCAGGUUCCAAGGAGUAGCAAAUAGCCAAAAAUUGGAUAAAGAAAGUAGGGGACAUUAGUAAGAUGGAAAGAAGGCUAAAUGGACAUGAAUAGUCAGCAUCUCUGCAAAAGCGUUGACUAGAAUUGGAGCUGUGAUACCAGAGACACCUUGCUGGCUCCUGGUCCCAGGCUAGCACCGUUUUACUGUAAGAGUCCUUCGUUCUGGGAAGCAGUUGGUCUGAGUUAUUUAACCUUCACUUAGGUUGCUCUUUCUCUUCAACUGGCCAGAUGCUCCUGAGAGAUUAUUUUUAAUUUUAGAUCAAUUGUUUAGGAUAUGUUAACCUGCAUCAUUUUUAGCAUGCAUAUGUUAAAAAUAACAUGGACGUGUAAUUGUGUAAUACAAAGGAGAAGUGAUAGGUUGCCCAAAGCUUAAGAAAACUGGAACCUAUUUUAGGAGUCUCUUAUGGCAAAAGAAGACUACUGAGUUACCAGAGAAAACCAACAGUUUAGGUAUGAAGGGUGGCUUACACUUUAAAAAUUGGGAUCUUUUGCUGUUCUUGAGACCAUGAAGGUCUUCCUUUCUGUUAGCCUCUCUAAUUCAUUACCUCCUGCAUGUACCGGCAGUGCUUCCCACACUUGCUCAACUGUGUAAUUAACUAAUUACACACAUUUUACGUAUUUUUCAUCUCAGUAAUUUUGGUGUAAAGAUACAGUCUGAACUGCCGUAACCAGGCACGUCUCCUUUUGUAGCUUUGCUUGCCUGUUUCACUCAGUGCAGUGUCUGAUCGUUUGUAGGCUGUCAUUUAGAAAGAAGACCCGUGUGCAUACUGUGAGCUCUGUGUAGAUGGAUGGUAUCUUAACCUACUGGUGCCUGAGCAACUAAAACAUCCUGGUGCUAUUCACUUUAGCUUUGAGUUACAUUCUUAGUUCUUGAACCAAAGAGUUAAUUUUCUUUUUGGUUGUCUGGGAGUCAGCUUCUCACAUCUGUGUCUGAAGAAGUGCAGUCAAUUGACAGAGCUUACUUUCUGGGAGUGCUGGCUCAGCGGAGUAAGUGGAAAAUGAUUCUUAUUUAGACUUAGGUUUUAUUCUGUUAUGCAGAGUAGUGUGGCUUUUAGUUUUGUAUGUUAAUAUAGUGUGGCUACUUUUUGAGGUAUUUUACUAGGCCAAAGCUACUAAAAUGAUUGAAUCACUUUUCCCCUUCAUUUCACUUUGGUAGAGAAGAAAAACAUUUAUUUCUAUAAGCAAAAUAUUCUAUUAGACACCUUUAAUGAUUACUCAACCAAAUGCUAAAGUAAAGGGCAAAUCAUGGGUCCAUUUUUUAAUUACAAGUCAAGAAUUUAGCAUUUCUCUGUGUGGAGAUAUAAUCCUUAAUGGCUUUAAAGAAAUGAUACAGGUUAUUUGCCCACUUUAAAAUUAAAGGGUGCUUUAAAAAACAUAUAAACCAUACACACAUGUAUGUGUGCACACAUGCAUAUCAUACGCAAACACACACUUUCCCAAUGCAAAAGUAUCUUGAUUUAAGCAAACAUCCCAACAAAAAUUAAACUUUACAGCCAAAGCAGUCCAGAUGCCGCUGCUUACUCUACAUGAAAAUUAGGGUAAGAUUGUUUCACAAAGUAAUUUUUUUAGUGAUUUGUUUUACAUAAGUGGCAGAAUACAGUCCUGUGGAUGAUACUGCUGCAUAUGGGUGCCUCUCUAUUCUUCCCUGGAAGCUCUAUAAAUGCUCAUCCGUGUCUGUUUAGAACUGAAGCUGUGGUGGCUGGUGACUCAGGCAAGGAAAUGACAGUGGCUGGGAAAGUGGACAGUCACAUUGAAAUACUUGUGUUGUUUCCAUCAGCUUUAGUCAGUGUCUCUGUUAUGGUUUUGCAGUGAAUUCUUAAUGGAAAAAAGGAUCAAGUCUAAAACUUGAGAGGUGACGAGCCCAUGGGUGUAAAGUAUGUCCAGAUGAGCAGAUAAGGAAGGACGGGCUGCACUGUGUCUCUUGUGAGUUAUGUUGCCACUGGAUUGAUUCUUAAUAAUCCCACUGCUUGUGCAUUGUUCAAAAGGCAGAGUGCAGUAAUUUUUCUCAAGUUGUAGAUAGUAAUGAAUUUACCACUGCUUUGUCUCUUUGUGUGAUUAUUAAAAAGCAAAGAAAAAAUUAAUAUAGAUGGAAAGAAAGCAACUGAAGGUACAAAAGGAAGAAAUUCCACCCCAGUCAGAGGUAUUUAGAUAAAUGGAUUGCAAACCCAAGGACAGAAUAGACUCUUGGGAAACAGACCACAUGGACCACAGUAGCUGAGCAUGCUCCAUGCCUGGGAUUAGUCUGGCAAGUGUAAUCACCACGUAGCACACAACAUCUCUGUCAUUUUGCGACAGUUUGCUCUCAGCCCCAGUUCUCACAUAAACUAAAUGAAAGACCCUUCUUGAGUUUCAAUAAUGGUAGUAGUAUAGGUGCCUGGGAAGACCCUGUCUUGAAACGUGUCAGUGUGCUUUUCAUUCAGCUGUAGCAUGUAUAAGUCUGAGGGCCGUGUGCCUACCUCGUCUGCUGUUUUGCUUUGCCCUUACCCUAGGAGAGUCUGCAGUACCAUUUCUCAUGUUAGUGGUAACAAGGAAGAGAGCGCAUAGAGAAGGAAGAGUGCUCUGAGGGAGGGAGGAAGCCGACAGGACAGGUGGGAACUAGGAGAUACUCACUUGUUUAGAUGAGAAGUCUACACUGGUUUUUCUAAUGAAAACGAACUAUGUAUCUACCUUAAGAACAACAUUGCUUUUAAUUUAUUUUAGUGAUUUUGUUUUAGUCAUGUAAUAUUCUGUAUUCUUUGCAAAUUGCUUUUAAUUUAAAUUGUGGAAUUUUUACUUCUCUUGAAAUGUACUAUGUACUGUAUUUUUAGAAAUCUUAUUUUUAAAUAAAUAUUUUUGAAAAACA